AUGGGCUGCGCUGGUUCGCCGGGGCCGCUCGUCCCCGGCCGCCGCCUGCGGGCAGCCCCAGAGCCAGCCCCGGCCGGCGCCCGGCCAUCCCUGCCCCGGCCCGCGGGGCCCCCUCGGCGCCGGGGCUGGCCCGAUCCGUCAGCGGACGCCCGCGGAGGCGGGCUGGUGGGUGGAGUUGCGGGGCGGCCCGCCUCCCUCCGGCCCCGCCUCCUCCGGCCCCCGCCUACCCCGCCUCCGCCUUUGCCUCCGCCUCCGCCUCGGCCUCGGCCUCCGUCUGGAGCUCGGGCGGGCGGAGGGGAGGGGGUAGGGCGGCGCUCGCAGAGAAAGCGCAGGCGCAGCGAGCCUCGGGGCGGGGCGUCGGAGGCACGCGCCGGAAUCGGGCACUUGUGCGCAGGCGUAAGCGCGCGGCGGGAGAGACGCCCGCGUGAGGAGGCGUCGGCCGUGUCGUGGGCGAUGGAGGCGAGGGCCGUGUGUGAGAUUUUGAAGUACAUAAUUAUUCACUGGAAAAGGGAAGCAGCAGAAGUAAGCCGGGAAGCAUUUUUGGAAGGGGAGCUGUUUAUUUCCAUAGAAGAAAAAAGUUCGAAACAUCGAGCAAAUCCUUUUCAUUAUGUGACAGCCAUUGCCUUUACAGGAAGCCCGGCUGAUGACUUCGUGACCAAGCAGCUCCUAAAAGAGAUUCAGUCACUGUUGUCAGGAUUCUCUGGGAAGUUGACUUGGCCUUCAGAGGAAGCGCGCUGUUCCCAGGAUCUGUUGGCGUCCUUCCAAAUGAAAUUUGAGGUUGAUGAAAAGCCCGCAAAUUUGAUGACAGAUUGUCUGGUUAUAAAGCAGUUUUUGCACAAAACCAGCAUAGUGCACCCAAAGGUCAGAUUCCGCUUGUGUGUGAAGGUGAAUGGAGUCCUCUCCGAGGACACCUUUGGGGAAGAGAAGGAGCCCGUUGCGAAGCUGCUAAAUGGGAUUGGCCUGCUCACCAAUCAGCACCACUAUAGGAGGCUGGGAUUUUCAGGGGCCCAGCAAGUCUGCAGCAGAAUCCAUCCUGUUCUGGGGCAUCCUGUUGCCCUUGUCAUUCCUGAUGAAGAAGCUGCCGUGGGCGUACUGGGGGAGCUGACCCUCACUCCAGCAGCUGCUCUGUGUCCCUGCCACAAGCUCCAUCCCAGCCAGACCAGCAGGAUCUCCACAGCUUCCGUAUUUCUAUAUGGACCUUCAGGUCUGCCUCUAACAUUUCCCAAUCAGGAGCAUCCAUUAACUGUCUUCAGUGAUAAUUCCUACCUUUUUGACUGGAAGAAGUAUCACUUGUGCGCAGCACCCAACUCAAAUAUCAGUUUGGAAGAAGACGUGGUUCUUCCCGAUGUGAGUUAUUGCAUUGAGUCCCAUCACAAAAGCCAGCUCCAGGACUCGGAGGAACAAGCUCUGCUGCUCUUUCUCAUGGUGGAUUUCCACAGUGGAUUUCCAGCUCAGCUGUCGGAGGCCUGGGGGAGGCAAUCUUUGCUUCUGACUCAUCUUAAUCGCAUCCUACUUGAGAACCACAGCCUGGUGCAGGAUGCUGUUCAGGCGGCUGUGGACCAGGCUUCAAGGCAGCCGCACCGAGCCCUCGAGGCCCGACAGAAGGUGCAGGCGUCCAUCCCGGUGGCCGUGAGCUCCAUCCUCAGUGUCGUCUCCGGCAGCACCAAUAGUGGCUUUCGGGCCCUUUGCCUCCAGACCCUCCAGGCAGCCGACACCCAGGAGUUCGGGAAGAAACUGCACAAAGCCUUCCGGCAGACAGUGUGCCGACGCUUCCUGUACCCAAAGAAACUGCUUCCUGAGCCGAGCCACACUGAGGAGAGGGAGGACAGGGAGGAGAGCCUGGAGGAGCCACUGGCAGAGAACUGCUGUCCUGGAGGGGCUCCGAGCCCCAAGAAGUGCUGCCCAGGAGAAGGGCUGGCGAGGAAGGCCCAGGCUGCCGGCUGGCCGCCCCUGCCGGGCUUCAGGGAAGCCACCCAGCGCUCGAUAGCAACGAGAGCCGCCUGCCCCCAGGCCAAGGGCAGCGGCAGCCCCGAGACCCGCGGGGAGGACACGCUGUGGCUGCAGGAGGUGUCCAACCUGUCCGAGUGGUUGAGCGCCGGCCCGGGGUCCGGGUCCGGACCCGGACCUUAGAGGGGCAGUCCCGACCCUCUCUUUUUGCAAUAAAGGCGCCCGCCAGCCCA